AUGGAUAGGAAAGCCAUCGCCGAGAAGAUCAAAAAGUUGCAGGCAAAUGCUGAGAAUGUUCAACUUGGUGGCAAAGGAACCCCUAGAAGGAAGAAGAAGAUUGUUUUCAAAACUGCUGCUGCCGAUGACAAAAAAGUUCAAAGUAAUUUAAAGAAACUGUCAGUAACAAACAUUCCUGGUAUCGAGGAGGUUAACAUGAUCAAGGAUGAUGGAACAGUUAUUCAUUUCAACAAUCCAAAAGUACAAGCUUCUGUUCCUGCUAAUACGUUCUCGAUCACUGGAGCUGGAGAAAAUAAACAGAUCACAGAUAUGCUUCCUGGAAUACUUAAUCAACUUGGACCUGAGUCGCUUACACAUCUUAAAAAAUUGGCCAAUAACGUUACAAGUCAGUUCAAACCUGCACCUGCAGAUGACGAUGUUCCAGUUAUGCGUCUUGCACGGCCAAAGUUUUCCGAAACGGCACCACUCUCUGUUGAUCCACUCGAUGCUGCUGGCUUUUCUCAACUAAUCGAAUCGGCUCUCAGUAUCAGUAAAAGUGAAGGCGACAGAAAACAUGACGUCAUUGGAGAUUAUUUCAUUGCACCGCAGAUGUUCGAAAAUAUUUAUCUCGGUGAAACAUUCACUUUCUACGUUAACUGCACUAAUGAAAGCGAUCAGAAAGUCAGCGAUGUGUCUGUCAAGUGCGAUCUGCAGACGAAUAGCCAAAGAGUAAGUCUACCAUCGAACAUUCAUGAUGUAGUUCUGGAAGGUGGUAAAUGCACUGGUCAAAUCAUCACUCAUGAAGUCAAGGAAAUUGGGCAGCAUAUCCUUAUCUGCUCGGUGAACUAUAAGACGUCUUCCGAUGAGAAGAUGUACUUCCGAAAGUUCAUCAAAUUCCCUGUCAGUAAACCGAUCGACGUGAAGACAAAAUUUUACAAUGCUGAGAAUAACGACGUCUAUCUCGAAGCACAAAUCGAGAAUACCGCUGCUACUGCGAUGAUCCUCGAACGGGUAGAACUGGAACCUAGCGCGAAUUAUACGGUUACAAGUAUUCACUGUGGUGAUGCAGAAGAACAUUCUGGAAUGUAUUUAAAACCUCGUGAUAUACGUCAAUUUCUCUUCUGCCUCACGCCUAAAGACGCUCCCAGUAAUGUAUAUAAGGAUAUGACCAACAUUGGCAAGUUGGAUAUGUCAUGGCGGACAAGUAUGGGUGAAAGAGGCCGUCUUCAGACUAGCCCGUUGCAACGAAUUGCUCCAGCUCAUGGUGAUGUUCGAUUGUCUGUGGAAAAUUUGCCGGCUACAGUACCCGUUCGUCAACCGUUCACUAUAGACUGCAAGCUUUAUAACUGCUGUGAACGAUCGCUCGAUCUGCGACUCGAGCUCUUAAAUACAUCAAAAUCGCUGGUGUUCUGUUCAAUCAGCGGAGUGUCUCUGGGACAGGUUCCACCGAACGGUAGUGUCUCCUUCAGCGUUGAGAUGCUUCCAAUUUCUAUAGGAUUCCAGUCAAUUUCGGGUAUUCGAAUAGUAGAUUCGUUUCUGAAGAAGACGUACGAUCACGACGACAUCGCUCAAGUUUUCGUGAUGUAG